GCUUGAUUUAGUUGGGGCCGCGGCGAGACAACGCUUAUAAUCUGAACGUCUGACUGUCAAUUAUUAAACCGUAGACGAGUUAGGCUGUGCCUGGGCUUUGGAUUAGAAUUGGAGUUAAAGAAACUGUUCCCUUUGGGAAAACGUCAACGCUGAAAAGCUUGUGCAAGGUUCACCAUGAAGUCGAAGUCAUUACCACCGAGUGAUCGAUCGAGUAUUAUAAUUACGUUGCUGUUCUGUCUUCUGCUGUCAGAGGUACAACCGACUACAGCACAAAUAGAUACAGUGUGCCGCCAUGCGCUUGGAAUGCAAAGCAAGAGAAUCCGAGAUAGCUUUCUUACUUCCUCCACCUUCCAUGCCCCUGGAACUAAAGGACAAUACGCCAGACUAGAAAGAGACGAAGGCGACGGCGCGUGGUGUCCAUCGGGAUACAUACAACCCGAUACAAUUGAUCAAUAUCUGCAGAUAGAUCUACCGGAGCCCAACUUUAUAACGAACGUUGCAACGCAGGGAAGGUACGCAAGGGGCUUAGGGCGUGAGUAUACGUCCAGCUACAUGCUAAACUACUCACGAGACGGCGAAACUUGGUUUCAGUGGUCAAACUACCAAGGCGUAAAGAAACUUCAAGGAAAUGCCGACACAAACACCGUAAAACGUCAAAUGCUAAACCCCGGCGUCGCUGCUGCUAGCCAUGUCCGGAUUAUUCCAGUUUCAACCAGAACGAUGUCUGUAUGCUUACGUCUCGAGCUUUAUGGCUGUCAUUGGGCAUCUGGAUUGGUAUCGUAUGACAUACCUGCCCCAAUGGAUAGCAUUGCUGGACAAACAAACACCAGAAACACAAAGUAUUCUGACGACACGUACGACGGUACCAUAUCAACUAACUGGUUUCGAAACGGGCUCGGACAGUUGACUGAUGGUGUGAUUGGGGGCAACGAUUUAUCUCAGACUAAGUCCCGUGUGUCUUCCCGCGCCAUCGGUUUUGAUUACGUCGGUUGGUCCAGAUCGAAAUCAAAUGACGUCACCAUGACGUUUCGCUUUGCUGACGUCAGGAACUUUACCAGAAUGCGAGUUCAUUGUAGUAACGAUAUGACGAGUCGAGCAAGGCUAUUCACGUCCGUAAAAGUGUCGUUCAGUCUUAACGGAAAAACAUUUCCAAGCACUGCUAAUGCUCGCAGCCUCGCUUACGAGGUGCCGAAAGAUGCUUUCGAUCGUACAGCACGGUUCGUGGAUGUACCUUUGCGAAACUCAAUAGCAAGAUAUGUUCGCGCCUCCUUUCGUAUUGGGGACGAAUAUCUUCUGGUUAGCGAAGUCGAAUUCGAUAACAACGUAUUACCACCGAGCGAUGCUUUUCGUUAUCCCGACGAAGAUGUUUCUAACGAGCCAACUGUAACACCCACGGUGUCCAACAACCUACCUGUUAUCAUAGGAAGUCUGCUUGGUGUUAUUGGGCUGUUGGUCUUCAUAGUGCUUGGUCUCUGCUAUAGACAGCAUAGACUUCGUAAGAAAAUGACACCACUGAGGUAUUCGUACAGUAGAACCAGCGACAACUGCGGACGCUCAGACCACAUGGUGACAUUAGAACCAAUAUCGAGGCAAUCUUCAUCCACUGGUGCAGGGGUUGGUGUGAUGGAUAGCAAACCACCAAUGCCAAUUUACCAAGAGAUCGACCCGACAACCAACCAACCGAACGACAACCUGUAUUUUCCAAGUCAAGACGCUGUAAUGUCUCCUCCCCCUCCUUACCAACAAGUUCCUGAAGUUACUCAUCUUUAUAAUCAACCAGAAGUUACACGUCUUCUCAACCAACCUGACGUCACAAUGAACACCCCGAAUUCGUCACACUACGCGGAGUCCAGCAUUUUUCUGCCAUCUCUGGAAGCUCAGACGAUCCAAGGCGUGUCUGGCAACAACAUAUACGCCGUCCCAUGGUCGACUCCUCCCACCGGCAAACGUAAUCGAAAAAACAAGCAUACUACAGCGUCGGCAGCUAGCACUUUACAAGCAGAUUUCCAAGACGAAAUGAUGAGCCUUAUGUCUCUGCAUGGUGAUAAGCCGCCCGAGUUUCCUCGUGAGAAGCUGGAAGUAGUUGAGCAGUUAGGAGAGGGCCAGUUCGGUGAAGUACAGCUCUGUAAAGCCCACAACAGCCUUCGAAAGCUUGUAUCUGCACCGUUCCAGUUUUCCGGUGAAUUGGACGAACCAGUUUUGGUGGCGGUGAAAGUCUUACGUGCAGAUGCAACUUCAAAUGCGAAAGAAGACUUCUUGAAAGAAGUUCGAGUAAUGAGCCAAAUGCAAGACCCGAACAUUGUCCAUCUUAUUGCGGUGUGUACGAACGACGAACCAUACGCCAUGAUAACUGAGUACAUGGAGAAUGGGGAUUUGAACCAAUACCUUCGUUCCUGCGCUGAUAAAAUGAACAGCGACCCAAGUUCCAAAGAAAAUAGUUUGUUUUCAAGCAAUGAAGUUCUAAUCAACAUGUGUGUGCAAAUCGCAUCAGGAAUGCGUUACUUAUCCUCCCACAAGUUCGUGCAUCGUGACCUGGCAACCAGGAACUGCUUGGUUGAUUCGAAUCAUUCUAUCCGUAUCGCUGACUUUGGAAUGUCGCGGAACAUGUAUCAGAGUGAUUAUUACCGAAUACAAGGCCGAGCAGUCCUCCCUAUUCGCUGGAUGUCGUGGGAGUGCGUUCUCAUGGGCAAGUUCAGCAGUGCGAGUGACGCCUGGGCGUUUGGUGUUACACUUUGGGAAAUCUUUUCUUUCUGUAAACUACAGCCUCACAACUCCCUCACUGACCAACAAGUGAUUGAAAACAUGCAUCACGUUUUCAAACGCACUGGGGAAGAGGUUCAUUUGCAACGACCAAAACGCUGCCCUGCUACUCUGUUUAACUUAAUCCGCCAAUGUUGGAAGCGACAACCUGAAGACCGGCCAACCUUUGAACAACUACAUGGAUACUUAUUGGAAAAGAAGGCAACCCCGAAACCCACUGUUCGACCCCCACCCCCAACAACAAGACCCCCAAUUCCCACCCCAAGAGCGUAGGGUGUUGGAUAUGUUUUAUCUCACCUGAAAGGUGUAGCUUGCGUUACCGUUGGUUUUCCUCCACCAGCACUAUAUAUAGCAUACACCCGCUUUCCACGAUUGUAAACUUGUAGUAGGGUGGGGUAAGAUGGGACAUGUUUCCAUUCUCGUUUAGUGACCCAUUGGUGGUAAUCAAAGAAUAUUUAUUUACAGAAAAAUAACCACAGCCCGUGUUUCUGAAAGAGCGUUGUUAUUUGUUUAAAACACGUUUAGGAAAUAUGGGUUUUAGGUGCGAACGGUAUCCCAUCUUACCCCACAAUACAAAAAGAAUCACCCACCCUUGUACUUAAGGGACACUUUUCCAGCAUGGCACACUGCAAUCCUACUGCUUCCCACGUUAAUUUGUUUUCCAACAGCUUUAUUAUGCAAAUACACGACAACUUCAGUUAUAUAUUCCCACUGUUAAUGUUAAUACCGGGUUGACGUGAUAAUUCUAAAUUAUCUCCUAUUACUAUUUGUGUUGUUUUUUCGUUCGGUAUUUGUUUCUGUCCACUUUAUUUGAUCUUUGCUACGUUUGCUCGUCACAUUAAUGCAGUGGUUUAUACAUUCAGCACAAAAUCGCA